GCUGAUGAUUUAUUUUGUCGGUGCAGGUUUUAGUCUUCCUCCAUGGCGGCCCUCAUCAAGCUCGGAAGCCUUCUUAGGCAGAGUGCUUUGGCGAGCAGUGCCUCGACCGGCUCGGCUCCUGCCCUGUUCAACGCUGCCCGCUUCAUGUGCGCCGGCCAGCCCGCUGGUGGCAAUAAGCUUUUCGUCGGCGGUCUGGCCUGGGCUACUGACGAUCAUUCGCUGAAGGAGGCGUUCCAAAGCUUUGGAGAGGUCGUUGAGGCACGUGUCAUCACUGAUCGAGAGACUGGAAGGUCUAGAGGGUUUGGUUUUGUGAGCUUUGCGAAUGAAGCUGAUGCAGAUAGCGCUGCAAAAGGCAUGGACGGUCAGGAGCUUGCAGGGAGGAACGUCCGUGUGAACUUCGCCAAUGAGAGGCCUUCGGGUGGUGGCGGCUUCUCACGCGGCGGCGGUGGCUAUGGAGGAGGUGGUGGCUUUGGCGGCGGCGGCGGCUAUGGUGGUGGCGGCGGCGGCUAUGGCGGUGGUGGCCGAGGUGGCGGUGGCUAUGGUGGUGACCGUGAAGCUUUCUAAGGAGAGCGCAGACUAUCAAAUUUAAAAUAAUGCGCUUUUAGGACAGUGUCUUGAUUAUGUGGAACCUAUGUCACGUCUGUCUGUUAUCUGCGAUAGUUGAACUCAAUAGGAGCAGAGAUGUGGUUCUAGUAUUUUUGUUUUUGGUUCGUUUCUUGAUGGUGCAAGAGUUUAAGUCAUGCUGCUUCGAGGCUUGGAUGAGUCUCAAUGGAAGUUCAUGCAUUUUGCCGUAUAUUGCACUGUGUACUUGUGGUGAGUCUCUGAGUUAAGUCGUGUAUGUUAGUCUGAUUAUCAUAAAUUCUCCAAGUAUUACAUUCAAACA